AUGUCUAAGAAAUCUGUUUAUUUAGAAGAUUUAGAAGUCGAUUUAAAUUACCGAAAAGGUGAUGAUAAAAGCAUCAAUGAAAGGUUAAGAGAAUUGGAAUUUCAGCGUAAUCAAAGGUUAAAGGAUAUUCCUACUAUUGACGAAGAAGUCAGGAUAGCGUUAGAAGUCAUUUCCGAAUUGGUUGAUGUUGAUAAUGAAGAUAAUCGAAGCAGGAGAGAAAGAUUGAUUCAUAUUCUAUCUAAUGAUAUUAAUAAAUGGAAUAAAUAUGAAGAAUACUUAAAAUCUAAAAAAAAUGGUAAUGAAGAAGUAGGUGAAGUGGAUGAAGAAGAUGCGGAAGAGGAAUUUUAUACUCCUGCUAAUCAGAGUUUUAUUGAUGUCAGACAAUUUUUAAUACAAUAUUCUAUAGAAAAAUCCUCACAAAGAUUGAAAAAAGAACAAUCCUUAUUGAAGGAUUUUAAUAUGAAAUCUGAGAUUCUCUCAAGGAGAGCAAUGUACAAAUCAUUGACCACAGUUCAAUUGAAUGGUUCCCAGGUGAUAUCCAGCAGGCCAAUUUCAAAAAUUUGUAUUUCUCCUGAGGGAACAUGUACAGCUGCAGGCAGUUGGGCUGGUGAUAUCUCUAUAUUCAAUACAAAGACAUUAGCUCCAGUAAUUACUUCAAGAGAAACACAUUCUGGGAAGAUUAGUGGGAUUGAUUGGUCCUCAGAUAGUCGACACCUUGUUAGUGGUGGAGAAGAUGGCAUUGUUAAACUUUAUAAUUUCGAUUCCAAUUCAAUACAAGUGGCAACCAGUUUCAUCGGUCAUGAUGCAAGGGUAACCAAUGUUAAAUUCCAUCCUUCUCAGAAAUAUAUUGGAAGUGCCUCCUUCGAUACAACAUGGAGGCUUUGGGAUAUAGUCACCAACUCUGAACUUCUGCUGCAAGAAGGUCAUUCAAAGGAGAUCUAUAGUUUAUCUUUCCAAACUGAUGGGUCUCUUAUAGCAACUGCUGGUGCAGAUAAAGUAGGGAUAAUAUGGGAUCUUAGAUCAGGGAAAAAUAUUUUAUCUCUGGUAGGCCAUGCUAAACCAAUAUAUUGUUCUGAUUGGUCUCAAAAUGGUUAUCAA